UCAAAACGAGAGUUUGACUCUUGCUUAAAAUUGUGGCCAAAUUAUCACAAACCAGCUCUCAAGAUGGGAGGGAUUUUAGAAUUAGAAUUGUUCGACGAUGUGCGGCGCAUGAACAAAAGACAGCUGUACUAUCAGAUUCUGAAUUUUGGGAUGAUUGUUGCCUCGGCGCUUAUGAUCUGGAAAGGUUUGAUGGUCGUCACUGGGAGCGAGAGUCCUAUUGUUGUUGUACUCAGUGGAAGCAUGGAGCCAGCAUUUCAUCGGGGUGAUCUCUUAUUUCUCACCAACCACCGCGACGAACCGAUCCGUGUUGGGGAAAUUGUCGUCUUCAAGGUCGAAGGUCGUGACAUCCCCAUAGUGCACAGAGUUCUCAAAGUGCACGAAAAAGAAGACGGCACAGUGAAGUUUCUGACAAAGGGAGACAACAACAGCGUUGACGAUCGUGGGUUAUACGCCCCUGGUCAGCUGUGGUUACAAAAGAGAGAUGUUGUAGGAAGAGCGAGAGGUUUUGUACCCUAUGUAGGAAUAGUGACUAUAUUAAUGAACGACUAUCCUAAAUUUAAGUAUGCGAUACUGGCGUGUCUGGGUCUGUUUGUUCUCAUACAUCGGGAAUGAAGAGAGAACGAGAAGAAAACGGCGACGAGAGAGAGAGAGAAGAAUCUGCCUUCAUUCAGUUUUAAAUGUUACAUUUUCAUUCAUCGUUUUUACGUCACAACUCCACCACGUACAGGACACACACGAAUAAUCGUACAUUUCUCGUCUUAAUGUAGUAGAAUUUUUAAAAAGUUAACUGUUUUCAACGGAUGAAAAAACAGGUCUCUUCUUUUUUCCUUAGCGCCACGAAAUGGUAAAAUCAUCAUAAGUAAGCAGGCAUCGAAAUAAGCAUUAUGUUUGGUAACCCAUUUACAGGUUACCACAAAAUAUAGCCUGGUAACCUAUAGGUUACCACAACUAUAUGAAAGUUAGAAUUGAUUUUCUGUUCCUACUACUACUUUUAAGGCUAAAACGCGGACGUUCUAAAAUUGUAUCGGUGCGCGCGAACAUUGGUACGAGAAACGAACUCUGGAAGUAAAUUUAUCUAGUGGGCACUGCUUAAACGCGGAAUGACUAUAUUGCUUGCAAUUGCACAAGUGUGCACGAACAUUGGUGCAAUUUCGUAUGAGAAACGCGGAAGUAAAUCCAUCUAGUGCACGCUGCUUAAACGCGGAAUGCCUAUAAUUGCUUGCAAUUGCACAAGUGCACGCGAACAUCGAUGCAAUUCCUUACAAGAAAAUGAAACGCGGAAGUCCGGAAUGCAUAGCCUGGUAUACGUUCAGAAACGAAACUACCGUUACGUUGAAAUUUUUGUCGACUUUUCUUACAUGUGGUAACCUCCCGGUAACCUGAAUGACCGUUCUCGACUUAUUUCAAUGCCUGAGUAAGUUAUGACGUCACUAUUGCGUGUGCUGUAAUGACGUCAUAGCCUACGAUGGUUUUAUGAUUUCAUAGUGCUAAGAUAGCUUUGAAAAUCUUUAGCCAGAUUCCUAAAUUUAGCACCCCUUCCAAAAAACCCCACCUUGGUCUGUAAUUGGAGGGAUGGAAGUGGGGGUGGAAGAGUCGUACGAACAUUUUACUUUUAAAAAUCUAUUAUUAUUUUAUUUAUUUAUUUUAUUAUUUUGAUCCAGUUACUCUCUGAAGUAGCGGUAGUUUAAAAUGGACUGGGGUGUUGUUAAAUAGCCCUUUCGUUUUCCGAGUCGUUGAGACAUGUAAGCUACCUCACCAUGUCAAGGAAUGGACCAUGAGAUAGUAUGCUACAGAUAAUAUCUGUAAAUUAAUUACACUUCGUAAUGUCAAUCUGUUGAGAAUAAGGGAAGAGAUAAUUGCAGUUUGCAGUUAUGUGAACAACUUGUCCUCAAACGUUUUUAAAUUGCAUCACGUGAUAAAAGUAACAGGAAAGUGAGUAACAACACACGGUCCGCCAUACUAACAGUAUUUAGCUCCCCUUAUUUUUUCUUCUCAACUUUCGACCCUAACUACACAUUAAUAUUUCAUUUGAUUCAUAUAAGCUUUCUCAUUAAGAAACAUCUAUAGGUAUAUACUUCAAAUCAAAUAACAGUUUGUAUCUGUGGUAAAUAAUCAGGGAGUAAUAGUCCCCCUAAAUAUAAAAAAUAUCAUUUCCGAAUGAUAAAAAACUAAACUUUAGGGAUCCCCUGGUCAGAAACUAUGACAGAUAUGUACAAAAUGCUUAUACAGCAAAUUGCAACUUGAUAUCUUUAUAAUUAAAAAAGUUACUAGCAUCCAAAAAUAGUCCGAAAUCACUAGACAGUCGCGAGUGCAAAAAAUGGGUCAACAGUCAUAAUUUCAAAACCACUUAAAAACUACUUAGAAUUUGGACUUAAAAGUUUGCAUGCAUGAAUAAUUUAUAUAGAUGCACAAAUGGGUGAAAUUUCAUCAAAAUCGGAGAUGGUCACCCGGGAAGAUUUCUGGAAUUUGGUUAUUUUGGCGUGGAGUGACCCUGAUAAAAAACAUCUCUAAUAGUGAAAAAUAUGUCGUAGUGUUUUCAAAAGUAUGGUCUGUCGCUUUAACACAGAAAUACUUAAAAUGGCUUCUCAUAGUCUUAAGUUAAGGGAGUGGUUAGUCAUGAGAUAGGAAUUGUUUGUAAUAGCGAUGUCGGGAACCUUUUGGAAGUGGCCUCUGUACACAGGUGCUAGUUACGUACAGGGUCGUUUUUUGUUAUUUCCUUACCGGGCCAACUGAAGGGGACUGUAGGUUUCAU